GACGACGACGUUGAUCACUUCUAUCUGCUCGCCUCUUCAGUGUCCAUGUGGCUUGGUUUGCGCAUGCGCGAGUUUUUGCGGUCAAUUCAAACCGUAACACGCCCCAUAAUUAUUUUGUUUAGUGGAAAAGAAAUCUGCCUCGUGCUGUUGGAGGUAGCUAGUGAUUUGCAGGGAAAAAAGGCUAAUCUCUAAAAAAAAAGCUGGUGUGUGUUUUCUGAUGGAUCCUACUCGACAAAAUCCCAAAGACUCGAUAAAUACUGCAAGUGAGGGAUAUCACACAUUAACACCUAGCCAGCGCUUUUCUUCAGCUCAAACUGACAGUGCUAUAGCACCUGUUAUUCAAAUUGAUACUACAGUCGAUGUUGCAUCUAUUACGCAACGUAAUGUUGCAUUUGUUGCGCAACAUGAGAAUAUUGUCGGAGCUAGUCUUGCAAGCCAGGAGUUUAUAAUCGAUGAAAAUAACAAAACGGUGUCAAUUGGUCCGAAUGCAAGCAGUUCAAGCAGCAUGGCCUUGUUUAAUAAUAAACAUGGCUCCGCUAUUUUACUGUCAGGUACUAAAGGUACUGGUAAAUCAACAUUCAUGGAAGACGUUAUUUGUAACCGUUUUGGAACUUUUUUUUCUAUAUUGCUCUUAAAUAAACCGGACAGUGAUAAAAUUUGCACGAUUGAAAAACUUAAUGACUUGCUCAAGCUAACGAAGUGUAUAGAAGAUUACAGCCUCGAGAAUGCUAGUGGUCACAAGUGGUUGAUAGUACUAGCACUACACCGGUGUGUCUCAGACUUUCUAGAGAAACUUUCGCCCAAUUCGAUCAUUAGAGCCCUUCUAAACAAGAAAGUUCUACCAGAUGCAACCAUGUUGAUAUUAUGCAAUCCUUGCCAAGUAGAUGAACUUAUGUCUAUAGCUAAAAUUCGACACCAUUAUAACUUGCAAGGCUUCUCCGAACAAGGAAUGAUAAAGUACAUUACCACUAGACGUGCUUCAGACAAUAGGCAAAGGCCUUUAUUAGGAUCUGACCAUUCUUCUUUAUCUUAUCUGCAACAAAAUCAACUAGGGGACGUUAAAAACCCACUUGCUUGUUUAAUUCUAGUAGAAGCGAUUGGUAGUAUAACAAUCCAAACGCCAAAGACAAUGACAGAUUUAGUGUAUAAGCUAGUAUGUGGUCUGAUUGAGCAUGCGUUAGAUGCUGACGAGAGAGCUGCUUUGCAUGACGGGAAAUUACGCUUAGAAAAACUACCAGAAACUGUAGAAGCUGCUUUUGAAGCAAAUUGUUCUUUAGCUAUGGAGCAUUUACUGAUAGGCUGUAAAUGCGCUAGCUACGAAGAAUCGUCACAAUUCUUUUCCUCCUUCUGUCUCAAACUUUCGAAAUUGUCACGAAAUGAUUGCUUCAGAUUUGGGCUAGUGGACCUUGCUACUGGCAGCACAUUUCAUUGCAAUGCCUACCAAUUUAUACAUCCGCUGGUAACAGAAUUUUUAGCCGGCUUUUAUCUGCGCAAACUACCACCAGUCAAUCAGCUCACGUUUUUGUUUAAGAAUUCUUUAAAAUUGUUCGAGAACGGUUACACCCAUUGGCUAACGUUUUUCUUUGGUCUAACUAGUGAUAUUUACACUUCAUCACAAACAGCAUUUGUUAAUCCUACAAAAUUGAUGAUGAAUUCAGUUGUCGAUGUGCUAAUCGAUAGCCUUAAACUGAACACCGACUCGAAAUAUCGGUGUGCUUUAAUCAGAUCUUUAAACGAGGCUCAAGAAAAAAGUAUUUUUAGAAAACUAUCCUCUAAACACUCGCUUGUUCUAACAUUCUCGAUGUCUGUCGGAAUUUUCGAUUCUUGUGUUGAUUCUGUAGUAUCAAUUAUCAGCAACUCUGGAAUGGCAAAUUGGAUAAUCACGACCUCACCAAGAAACAAGCAAUUAGCACUUACUUUGAAAGCUAAAGUUGAAAGCGUAUCAAUUGUGGUGAUCUACGACGACUCCGUUAUUGAUCGACUUGAUAUUACUCCGAAAAGAAACUCAGCUGAACUCGAUAGGUUAUACAGAGAAAGUGAUCAAACGUCCGAGCGAACUCCCCAAGAAUCAAUGGAGAAAUUAAAUCAGUUGGUAUGUCGUGCUGUCCGUGAAAUUUUGCAACGAGUGUUCCCUCUGUACUCAGCUGUUAAAUUGAAAGGUGAUUCUAGCAAUGUGUCGUAUGUUAGUUUCUUAACGUGCAAAUGCUUCGAAGAAUCGUUUUCGAAGUGUGUGCAAUUAUAUCCACUAAUACCUAUUCACUAUCUGGAUGGACCGAAAAAAAAUACAUCAAAUAUACCACUCGAAUCAAUGUCUAUGUCAGAUCGUCACAAUGCCGAGAAACACAAUGGUGGAACCGUGGAGGUUGUCUUAAUGCUUCGUCCUUUACCUGAAAGAAUAAAGGGUGUGGUUCCGUUGACGAAUGAAAAAUUUAAUCUAAUUUUAUCCAACGAUUUGUCCGUGGAAUUUUAUCAAGAGAAUAGCAGCGCAAACAGUAAUUUUAAUAAAAUUGAAGAAUGUGUAGCAACGGUACGUUGCGUGGAUGACUUUGAUGCCACUCGAGAUAACACACAAAUGAUCCUCCCGUCAUUACAAGUCGUUCCGAAGAUGCUAACUGGCCGAGCCCAGCACGCCCUCCCUAAGCCUUUUGUCCACCCAGCUGAAGUUCCUAGAGUUGACUCAAUACUACCCGAGGGUUUAUCUAAUACAUUGCAAGAAGGGUCUCAAAGAAAAUCGGAUAGUAUUCAAACUCCCGGUGUUGCUAAUCUUAAUAUGGGUGGCGCAGAUUUCCAAUUGCUUCCCCAAUUGGACUCAUUUCAACCGUAUGGACAUGUACCCAUGAAUCCUUACCACUCUCUUGCGCAAACUGGAGGGGCUACCUCCAUACAGCCAUCGCAUGGAGCAUUUGUACACACCUUUACUGCUGAACAAGCUGUUGGUGAGGCUCAACAAUCAUCAAGACGACAGGCCAAUCUCAGACAAGGCAUUGUACUGUAUACUUCCGUUCCUGACAAGAUACCAUCUGAUCGAAUACAGCCCCUACCAACCCAACACACCCUUAUUCGCAAGGGUGGCAAUGGAUCAAUAUUUAGUGAAAAUGUGAAUGGAUUGGCUUUGGCAGUAAAGAAGACCAGUUAUCGCAGCAAAGAGCACGCAAUCAUUACGAAAAUUCGCCACAAAAAUAUAGUCCCCCUGUUAGCGUAUGUGUGGGGUGAAGAACACAAAGAAAGCAAAAGGAGAUUUUUUGUUUAUCACUACCUGCCCAAACUUAGUGGCGAUAUGGCUAGAUUGGUGACCGAUAAAGAAGAACUUAGUCUGCACGAUUUCCAUAAACGUCAUCAUAACAACCCUCGAGCAAUGGGUGUUGCUGUCGGAAACGUCAAAUACAUUCUCUCACAAGUGCUUCAAGGAUUACAUUAUUUGCACGACAAUCAUCAAUGCAUCCAUAGGGAUGUGAAGGCCAGCAACGUGCUCAUAAAGUUCUUCUGUAAUUGUGAUAACCCUGUUCAAUGCUCGUGUGAUGUCAAGUAUCAAGUGGUCAUCUGUGACUUCGAUGCUGCACUAGAAUUGGACUCAUCUUCUCGAAUACCUCCCACUACCACUCACUCAUCACGCUCACAAGCUAAACAGUACGAGAUUGUUCCGGUGGGUACAAAUGGGUUCCGAUCGCCUGAAUCCAGUAUGCUCAUGAUUGCUAAUUCCCCUGAUGCGUUCUCUCCACCCCUCUCCACGAAGGCGGACAUCUACAGCUUCGGUAUUCUCUCAAUGCGACUCAUGAUGAGCACGGACACUCCGUACAGUCAGCGGGCUAUGUCCACACUGUUACUAUAUUACCAUCAGAGCCUGGGGGUCAGUGAGGGGAGACUCAAAAGCCCCAGUGUGUGGAGGGUGGAAGAAAGUACAGUACUGAAGUUGCUCAAGCUCCACAAGCUCAAUGCAAGAAUGAGAUGGUUAAGAGGAGCCUAUGAAUUUGCCAGCAAGUGUCUAUUAGUGGAUCCAGAGGAACGGCCAUCAGCAAGCUCUCUUCUCAAGGAUCCAUUCCUUAAUUGAUCACAUGUGCAGAAUAAAGAGAUACAAAUGAUUCGAAUGUGCUUGUUUCUGAGGACAUGGCAAAGCAUCUAACAUCGAUCUUGAUUGCAAUUAAGAAUAAAAUCACCCCCUACCAAGCUAAGCCAAGUAUACGAUUCGAGAUACCCUCUCCCAAAUUCGGUCAACCAUCGUGUCACAGUCAAUUCAGAUCUUGAUUCCGAAUAAAAAUGAUGCCAUUAACUGAAGAGCAUAAAAUAAGAAAACAUAAUAGAUUUGUACUUGACUGAAGAGCGUAAAAUAAGAAAACAUAAUAGAUUAAUUGAUUUGUACUUGGCAAUUGAUUGUACUUAGCAGUAUAAUUAUAACAUAAUUAUUGUACUUGAAUAAAAAGAGUUCACAUUGGA